AUGUGGGACGCAGAUGUGCCAUUAAUGACCAUCAAAAUCUGCCGAAAUCACACCAAAAUCUCAGCUGUUAUGGAUCUUUGCCGCAACGCACUGUGUCGCAGUUACGGCGACAAGACAUUGCAACUACCUCGUGGCGGUGCAGUUUUCUACGCAUAUAUGGUCACGAUCGAAUCCUACAUGGGCAUUGUGGAACGCGAUCCGCUCCUUGCUGAUGUAAUAAGCCAAAUACUGCUCAAAAUCUGUGAAGGAAUUCCUGAUUUUGAGUCGCUCCUAUUGGGGAAGCUCCUUCGCUCAUCUCAGCUCCUUAGUUUGAAUGAGGAAAAAUGGUGA